CUUUUCUAUCAUGUUUUUUAUUUUUAAAAUUUAUGUUUGCGUUUUCAUUUAUUUAACUAAAAUUCUUAUCCAGAGAGAGAAAUUCGAUUUUAAUAACUAAAUUAAAAAGAUAUAUAAUCGGAUCCGAUGAAAUCGCUGCUCGUGAACGCAACUUGAAGAAAGGCGCAAUCAGCCGAUUCUACUAUGGGUGGAGCAUUUAGUAUGGUCAGGGUUAUUGUGUUGUCUAUUCAAAGAAAGAUGUGCCUGUAAAUUUGUUAAGUUGAUUCUUAUCAGUCUGCUCUUUAGGGUUGAUGAUAGCAUGAAAUAUUCAUUGUUAAUGCUCGUCGUUUUCUUCUUCUUUUUCCUAGACUAAAACAUCCUAGACAUCUUCUAUUUUUGCUGUGGUAUUUUCCUCUUUCUAUUUACACUAUUUGCUCCCUACAAUGUUUAUUCUUUCAGAGAAGUAAAUGUAUACAUAUAUAACAAGAAUAGGAGGGGAGGGGGAGGGGGGUUUGACAGUAAGUAUUUGCUUAGAAGGGAAUGCUUCUUUGGUUUUAGAAGCACCAUGAAGAUUCAGGCCCAAAUCUUUGCUUAGAAUGCCGAAUACCCAGGAUCCUAGCACCAUAUUUGGCUGUGUAUAUUUGUUAUGCAUCCAUAUUUGGCUGAAGCAAACUUGAGGGAACAUAAAGUGCUGGGAAGUAAUUUUUGUUGGAAUUUAUUGUGUCAUCUCUUCUUUUGAUGAUGACCUCUUGGAUGGCUGCAUGAAGCUUGUUCCGCUUUUAAUUUCAAGGUUAAUCUAUUGCUAUGAGCAUACGUGUUUCAUUUUAAAACUCGAGUUGUAACUGAACUUAAAUGAAUGGUGUUGGAUUUGGGCCUUCUAUUUGUUUUAACUUCUACAGGGUUGAAAUGAUAGUGAUCUUAAAGUUGAAAAGCAGCAGACAAAAAUCAAUUUGCCACAAUGGUGCAUGGUUUCCUAGAUUCUUAGCAUAGAGUUGAAUGUUUUGUUGACCUCUCUACAUCCAAAAUCAUAUAGACAGCUACUGCUGGCACUUGCAUUGGUCAAUGAAUACUGUAGAGUAUAUAUUGCAGUGUGAGAUAAGGUUAACUCGUUGCAUUUUCAUAUAUUGAAAGGAUUUCUCUUCUUUUCUUUGUCAAUUACAGCACAUGCAUAGAAGUUACUCAGAGUAAAUGCUAUUAUAAUGUUUUCACAGAGACUCCCCUGCUUUGCAACUAAGUCACUAAUAUAUGAAGCUCAUAGCUAGUAUCAUUAUCUGCGUAAAAUGCGUAAAAUAUCUCUGGAGAUGCUUUCAAUGGAGAUCAGGUCUCAAAACGCUAUGCCCACUGCCCCCAUGGAUCCAGUAGGUUAUAAUGCAGCCGAGCAUUGAAUUUCUAAACAUCUAACCUUUUGUUUUUCUUCUUGCAUUGUUAUCAAACUCUUUUACAUUUUAUUGCUGCAUAUUGCUAUGUAUAUCACCUUGCUGGAAAAAUCUCAUGAUCACCUCCACGAUGCAUGGCUAUUUUAUAUUUUAUGAUUGAGAUGGUAGAUUUUAAAGAUUUUCCUGUUUAGGAGGACAGGUAAGACGUCACUUUCUUGCUUUUCUUUCGAGAGAAAGUAUUUGAUCCUUCUUUCAUAUAUAAUAAUAAUGCCGAGCAUUGAAUUUCUAAACAUCUUACCUUUUGUUUUGUUUGUCGCAUUGUUAUCAAACUCUUUUGCAUUUUAUUGCAGUAUAUUGCUAUGUGUAUGGCAUGCUUUGAUCAAAAAGUUGAGUAAUUGAUGAAUGUUAGGCAAGAAUAUUACAUAUUGUUUUUGUUUUUUGCCUCCUUUUCUUUCCCCCACCAUGAAAAUUGUCAUAUUAUUUUUGUUUUCAGCCGCUUGUUCUUCCCCCAUCCCCGAAAAUUGUCAGAGGACACUUUUAUGCUUUGAAUCAAAUCCAUCCCAAUUCUUUCGCUCGUAACUUUAUGUGUGAACUGCCGAUGUUUCAUUUGUCUUCCUUGUUGAGUGCCUUCUUUUUUUCUGUGACAUGGUUUUCCCUUUUGCCUUUUAUCUUGAACAGCAUCCCAUAGUAUGCCCCCUGAAGUUUAGAAUCAAGGGCUGUUUCUCCCUAUCCUAUUGUCCACUGAUCAGUCUCAAGCACGUCAGCAGUUGGUAUCACAGAACAUGCAGAAUUGCAUGGCAUCUAAUGGAGUUCAAAGUUAUGCUGGUUAACAAGCAGCACUGCCUCCUGUCUCUAGUGUAACCCAGACUAUCCCCAACACUGUUGUCCAGAAUCCUAACAUGCAGAGUAUCCCUGGUGUUUCACAGAACUCAGUGGGGAAUUCAAUGGGACAAGGGAUUCCUUCCACUAUGUUUGCCAAUUCUCAGAGACAAAUGCCAGCAUCCCUAGAUUCUACAGCACAGACUGGACAUGCAAAAGGCGCUGAUUGGCAAGAGGAGAUCUAUCAGAAAAUCAAAGUCAUGAAGGAGACUUAUUUCCCUGAAAUAAAUGAAAUGUAUCAGAGAAUUGCUGCCAAGUUACAGCAGCAUGACUCUCAUCCGCAACAACCGAAGUCAGAACAGCUUGAAAAGCUGGAGGUAUUCAAGGCCAUGUUGGAGCGCUUGAUAACAUUCUUACAGGUCUCUAAAAACAACGUCACACCUAGUUUCAAGGAGAAAUUGGGUUCCUGUGAGAAGCAGUUGUAAGUUUUCUAAACCCAAGCAGAUUCAGGAGGCCUAUUCCUAAUCUACAGCUCGGACAACUUCCCCAGCCUCCAGUUCAUCAAUUGCAGUCCCAUGAAAAUCAACUAAAUCCCCAGUUGCAAUCAUUGAAUGUGCAAGGUUCUAUACCAACGAUGCAGCAGAACAAUAUGUCAAGCUUGCAGCAUGGGUUUCGAUGUCACAACCAUACAUGAUGAUGCGGGACGAGAGGUUUUAAGAAAAGAAAAGGGGGGAAGAGAGAAUGAUGAGGAUAUUGUAGCAAAAAUUUCACAGGAUUUACUACAAAUCCAAGCCAAUUAUACUUGAUUUGUAUGUAUAUGAUAUGAUGAGAAAAUAAACAUGUAUGGAAAGUACAAUAUGUAUAAUGAAUGAAUAUAGAGUUAAUAUAACAUAAGGCUUGAAGGAAACCAAAGUUUUGAAA